CGCCUACGUCAAGCACCGCGAGCAGAAUCAUCGCGCGCGGCUGCCGGCCGACAAGCUCUUCACCUGCGACGUGUGCGGCAUGCAGUUCAGGUACCUAAAGUCCUUUAAGAAGCACCGUCUCAACCACGCGCUCGAGCGGCUGCAGCGCGCGCCCGAGCCGCAUAGCAGCGUCGUCGUCGUCUCGACGCCGGCCGAGCGGAGCGAUCAGGUCUCGAGCACCGGCGAGCCGUCCCAGGUGGAGACCGGCAGCGACACCACGACGAAUCCGGGCGACGCCGAGGAGAUGCGCGGCGUCUUCUCCGAGAGCGCCCGCGGCGACGAGAGCGUCUCGGAGACCGCGAGCGUUCAGGAGAAUCCCGGCGACGCGGUAGAGGUGCAGAUAACGGAAGCCACCGCCGCCGGGAGCGGCGGGGUUGGCGUCGGCGUCGGCGUCGGCGGCGGCGUCGGCGGCGGUGGUGGCGGCGGCGGCGGUGGCGGCGGCGGCGUCGGCGGCGGCGGCGGUGGUGGCGGCGGUGCCACCAGCAGCGAGGCCGGCGACGUGGACGACAACGUCGUCGACGACGAUCGGCACGAGCCGAACGAGGCGAUAAUCAGCCUCGCGCGGAGCGUCACUCGCGAGGCCGAUCGUCGCGAGCGGCGCUUCGCCUGCCCGUUCUGCGGCAAGUGCGUGCGGUCCAAGGAGAACCUGAAGCUGCACGUGCGCAAGCACACCGGCGAACGGCCGUUCGUCUGCCUGUUCUGCGGCCGCGCCUUUGGCGGCAAGAGCGACCUUACGAGGCACCUGCGCAUCCACACCGGCGAGCGCCCGUACCAUUGCGAGAUGUGCGGCAAGUGCUUCGCCCGGGCUGACUACCUCUCCAAGCAUCUCACCACGCACAUCCACCAGCGCUAACGCGAACGCAACUCGGCCCACCCGCCGCCUCGGCCUCCUCGGAGCCGAAGGGCAACGCGACGACGUGCCUCUUUCUCCCCGGCACGUCCCUCCGCGCGUUGACGCCGCGCGGCCGUUGCAUCGCGGGCCGACUCGAGGGUUGAUCUUACGUAAUUGCACAAUGUGGGAUGCGGUACGAUACGCCGAGAAUCGAACGACGCGCUGACCUUAUACAAGAUUACGAUACACGAAGCAAUAGCGCCCAUUGUUCCUUUCCGACAACGCUACUCGAAAGAAAUUCGCUUCCGACUCGGGGAAAGUGCCGCAAGGCGGUAACGGCAAUAACCCUCGCUUCUAAUUCAUUUCCACCCGUUUCGAUGGCGCGCGUUAAAAUCCAGAUCUCGGGGCAAUUCGAUCGUUCACCGUACGCGAGAUCACACCUCGAGUCCGUAACGGUACACCGCUGAUCGUUGCCGAACGGAAAAACCGUUCUCGCUUGCGCAGAGUAUAAGAGCGUCGGACGAAACCGCUCAAGUCGCUCCUACCGAGGGGAAGACAGACACAAGCGGAGGGAAGAAGAGAAAGAGAGCGGACCGCAUCUAUCCAUCGCCGCCGGCCCAACAAGACGCGUCAAUUACGGGGAGACAAGGCGGGAUACAGUAAAAUGUGAAAAGCGACCACCAGCCCGACGAUGGUUUCUGCGCCGCGAUAGUGAGGCUAAUUUUGUGAUAAGGGAUAUGAUACCAAAAAGAGAAGAGAAUGAGAAAGAACGAAAACCAAAGAGCGCAACGACGCGGCGGGCGAGAGCCGACGGUCAGGAGGCUUCCUUUUGUUGUCUUCUUCGUCUUCGUGCUCCAUCGACAAAGUGAUAUAUUUGUAACGUAAUAGCUAAUCUCGAUGUGUACUCGGCGUGUAAUAUAACUCGCGAUGGCGAUGCCGCGUGCGAUUACGAUAAUUUCCCCUCUACGU